AUGAAUGACCUCCAUGCCAUCCAUCCCAUGUACCAGUUCUCUCUGAAGGCGUUCAGCAUCGUGUUUCAGAAAGCCAUUGAGAGGGCACCUCCAGAUGAGAGCCUCCCAGUGCGUGUGCUGAACCUCAUUGACAGCAUUACCUUCUCCGUGUUCCAGUACACGACCCGGGGGCUGUUUGAGUGUGAUAAGCUGACCUACACCGCUCAAGUUACCUUCCAGAUACUUCUGAUGAGUAAAGAGAUCAACACAGUAGAACUGGAUUUCCUACUAAGAUACCCAGCACAGACCAGUGUAACAAGCCCAGUGGAGUUCCUGUCUAAUCAAUCCUGGGGAGGAAUCAAGGCUCUCUCAUCCAUGGAGGAAUUCAGAAACCUGGAUCGGGAUAUUGAGGGGUCUGCAAAACGGUGGAAGAAAUUUGUUGAAUCUGAGUGUCCUGAAAAAGAGAAGUUCCCUCAGGAAUGGAAGAACAAGUCAGCUCUGCAGCGCCUGUGCAUAAUGAGAGCCAUCCGACCCGAUCGUAUGAUCUACGCUGUCAGAGAUUUUGUAGAAGAAAAGCUUGGCAGUAAAUAUGUGGUAGGGAGAUCCCUGGAUUUUGCAACAACCUUUGAAGAAUCAGGACCUGCAACACCGAUGUUUUUUAUCCUGUCCCCAGGAGUCGACCCGCUGAAGGAUGUGGAAAAACAAGGGAAGAAACUUGGUUAUACAUUUAACAACAGAAAUUUCCACAACGUUUCCCUUGGACAAGGUCAAGAGGUAGUUGCUGAACAAGCUCUAGAUCUGGCUGCGAGGGAGGGUCACUGGGUCAUCCUUCAGAAUAUCCACCUGGUGGCCAAGUGGCUGAGUUCUCUGGAGAAGAAGCUGGAGCAGCACAGUGAGGGUAGCCACCAGAAUUUCCGUGUCUUCAUGAGUGCAGAGCCGGCGCCCUCCCCUGACAGCCACAUCAUUCCCCAGGGCAUCCUGGAGAACUCCAUCAAAAUCACCAACGAGGCCCCGACCGGGAUGCACGCCAACCUGCACAAAGCCCUCGACAACUUCAACCAGGACACCCUGGAGAUGUGCACCCGGGAGAAUGAGUUCAAGAGCAUCCUCUUUGCCCUCUGCUAUUUCCAUGCCGUGGUGGCAGAAAGGCGCAAGUUUGGCCCCCAAGGCUGGAACCGUUCCUACCCUUUUAACACUGGAGACCUCACUAUCUCUGUGAACGUGCUGUAUAAUUACCUGGAGGCCAGCUCAAAGGUCCCAUAUGAUGAUUUGCGCUACCUUUUUGGUGAGAUUAUGUACGGAGGUCACAUUACAGAUGACUGGGACAGGCGGCUUUGCAAAACCUAUUUGGAAGAAUUCAUUAAGCCAGAAAUGCUGGAGGGAGAACUCCUUCUUGCUCCAGGAUUCCCCCUCCCAGGGAACAUGGACUAUAAUGGCUAUCAUCAGUACAUAGACGAUGCCUUGCCUGCAGAGUCUCCUUACCUGUAUGGCCUCCAUCCCAAUGCUGAGAUUGGCUUCCUGACCCAGACCUCGGAGAAGCUCUUCCGUGUCGUGCUGGAGAUGCAGCCUCGGGACACCAGCAUGGGCGAAGGAGGAGUGGUGACCCGGCAAGAAACGGUGAAAGCUCUUCUGGAAGAGAUGUUAGAGAAAUUGAUGGAUGAUUUUAACAUUGCAGAACUGAUGACAAAGGUGGAGGAAAGGACGCCAUACGUUGUGGUUGCCUUCCAGGAAUGUGAGCGCAUGAACAUCCUUACCAGUGAAAUAAAGCGCUCUCUCAAGGAGCUGGAUCUGGGGCUGAAGGGAGAACUGACCAUGACAAGUGACAUGGAGAACUUGCAGAAUGCCCUCUUCUUGGACAUGGUGCCCGAGUCCUGGAUAAAGAAGGCUUACCCUUGCACGGCCAGCCUGGGCACAUGGUUUGCUGACCUCCUCACUCGCAUCAAGGAGCUGGAAGCCUGGACAGGAGACUUUUCCUUACUGUCCUCAGUGUGGCUUGCUGGGUUCUUCAAUCCCCAGUCUUUCCUGACAGCCAUCAUGCAGUCCACAGCCCGAAAGAAUGAAUGGCCUUUGGACAAGAUGAUCUUGCAGUGCGAUGUGACGAAAAAGAACAGAGAAGAUUUUGCCAGUCCUCCCCGGGAAGGGGCGUAUGUCCACGGUUUGUUCAUGGAGGGUGCGCGCUGGGAUGCACUGGCUGGGAUAAUCACAGAUGCCAGGCUCAAGGAACUAACCCCAGCCAUGCCUGUCAUUUUCAUCAAAGCCAUUCCGGCUGACAAACAAGAUAUGCGUAGUGUGUACCCAUGUCCUGUAUACAAAACACGCCAAAGAGGGCCAACUUAUGUGUGGACUUUUAACCUUAAAACUAGAGAAAAUCCUUCCAAGUGGGUGCUCGCUGGUGUUGCAUUGCUGCUACAGAUCUAGGCUCACCAGCAGAGCACCUCAUUUGCAAAUCCCUCACAAUGUUUUUCACAG